AUGGAAAUUGUUGAUUUAACAAAAUUGGCAUUACAUUUCAAUGAUUAUUACCUUACAAAUUUAUUAAUAAAUGAACCAUUUAAUUAUUGUAUUUAUCCAUCAGCAUUAGAAUAUGCCAUUAAAACUUUAGAUGUUCAAAUUACAAAAUUAUUAAUAAAUUCACCAAAUACUAUUAUUUCAAAUGACACAAAAUUAAAAUCAAUGGAAUUGGCAUUAAUGAAUGAAAAUAAUAAAUUUGAAAUGGUAGAAUUCUUAUUAAAUAAUCCUCAACUAAUAUCAUUGCCUGAAAAAUCACAACAACUUAAUCAUCAACACCAUCCAACUAAAAAAUUAAAACAAGAAAAACCUUUAUCAUUACCAACCAAUCAUUUAAUUAAUUAUUAUAAAGAUACUUUAAUAAAAAAUAAAUUCACUGAAGAAAUGAUUAAUAAAAUAAAUAAUAAUAUUAAUAUUAAUAAUAAUAAAAAUAAUAUUAAUAAUAAUAAUAAUAAUAAUAAUAAUAAUAAUAAUAAUAAUAAUAAUAAUAAUAAUAAUAAUAAUAAUAAUAAUAAUAAUAAUAAUAAUAAUAAUAAACUAUUUAAUGAAAAUGGUAAAUUAAAAAUUGAAAAUUUCCAAAAUUAUUUAAUCUAUAAUGAUGAUAUUUUAAAUGAUGGUUUUAAAGACAUUAUAGUAAAAAAUAAUGAAUUAAAGAAUUUUCUACGUGAAUAUUGUUUUAAGUCAUCAAGUUCAAAAAUAUUUAUUUGGAUGAUGAAUAAUAUAAAUCCACAAGAAAUUUUUCAAAAUGUUUAUAUUGGUCCAGAUUUUUUUAAAAAUAGAAUAAUUGAAGAUGAUAAAUUUGGUAAAAUUAUGACACCAAUUAGAUUUGAACAAUUUACAAAAGUAUAUACAUCAAACUCAUUGGAAUCAAAUUUAGAAAAUGAUAUUAAUGAAUUGGAUAGAUAUUUUAUUAAUAUGUUUUACCUAUUGGAUAGUGAAGACUAUAAAACAAUUUUAAAAUCAGUUUCACCACAAUUCCAACAAAUCAAACAACUUCCAAAAGAAUGGAACCCUUUAUUACAAGUUUUAUCUUGUUUUUCAAAUAAAAGAAAAGUUGAUGAUGAAAACAAUAAUGGAAGUGUUUAUUUUAUAAAUGAUUUUGAAACUAUUACAUGGGUUUCAAAUUGUAUUUCCAAUCAAAAUGAUUAUCUUGUUAAUAGGAUGGCUGAAAGUAAUAAAACUAUUCAAUAUGGUAGUUUAGAAAUUGCAAAAUAUGCUCAAGAAACCUUAUUUAAAAAUAAAAAUCACUAUUUUGGCUUUACCUAUUUACUAAAUAAAGCUUUUAAAGAGUGUAAUACCCUUGAAAUUUCACAAAUUCUAGAAUUAUCAAGUUCUUCAAUUAAUUAUUCAAUUAUUAAUAUCAAAUCAUUCUCACCAAGCCAACUAAUAGAUAUAAUUCAAAUCUUUAUUGAUUUAAAUAUUUUUAAUAAUUCAAAUUUAUUUAAUUUAUUUGCUUCAAAUAUUGCUCAAUAUUUUAAAUCAUAUCAACAACAACAACAACAACAAGAUGAAAAGUCAUGGAUUAAUUUAAAUAAAAUAAUUGGUAAUUUAUUUGAUAUUUGUCCACUUAGUGUAAUUAAUUUUUUAAGCCAAAACAUAUUAGAAGGUUCAGAAGAGAUAUGUAAUUUUUUAAAUGUUCAAUUUAUUUUUAAUCAUUUCAAACUUUGCAAUAUGUAUUCAUUGGAAAGAAGAUUUAAAGAAUUUUUUGAAAAACAAAGAGAAUAUAUCAAUGUUAACCCAAAAGUUUUACUUAAAGAAAGAUCAAAUGAACAAAUCCAAGAAAUUGAUUCAAUUAUUAAUUUAUUAAUUGAAAAAAUUAAAAAUGAAAAAGACAAUACGGGUAGAUCAAUGAUUAAAAUUAUUUUAAAUAAUUUAUAUAGUUCUCUUAUUCAAACCAAAGGAAUUUCAAAAGAAACCAUUAUAAAUUAUUACUCAUUAUUCAAAGAUAAUUUAAUAACUAUUGAUAAUUCAUUUUUUAAUUUAUUCUAUCAUUUAAAUUUAAAAUCAUCUCAUUUUAGUACCUACCUUAUUAAUAGAGGUGGUUUGAUUAUUUCAUCAGAUGAAAUUGGGUUUGAAAGAAAUGAAUGGGAAGAAAAUACCUUUGGUGGAAUUUCACAAAAUUAUCUAAGUUUUCCGAAAAAUUUUCAAAAGGAUAAAUAUUCUUUUGAAGUUUUGUUUUUAGAAAAUGGUGGUUUAUCAUUUGAUGAUCUAUUGGAGAGAUUAAUUUCAGAUUUAUCUCAUUGCAAAUUAAAUGGUACAGUUAAUGAAAACUAUAUUGAUGGCCUUGUUGAAAAUCUAAAUAGUGAUUUAUCAUUUUGUCUCUGUAUUAACCGUGUUGAUUUUUUUUUCAAACAAAUGGAAUUCAUACAAUCAUUAUUAGAUAGAAAUAAUUUUAGAAUUGGUAAUUUCCCAAAUUAUACAAAUUCAAAUAUAUUAUCAUUGGAAUUAUUUAGAAAUACAACAACAAAUAACAAUCAAGAAAAAAUGAAUUUCGAAAUUAAAUCAUUUAAAUACUUUCCAAUUAGUGAUAAAGUAUUUGAUCAAAUUUUAUUAACUUUGAAUUUACAAGAAAUUAAAACAUUUUUACAAUUUAAUCAACACUAUCCAAACAUUUUAUCAAAAUUGUUUGAAGAUAGAAUUAUAGAUUAUGAUAUUGAUAGAACAGAAUUAUUAGAAUAUUUAUUAAAUAUAUAUGAUCAAAAAAUAGUGUAUCCAAUUUUAAAACAACAAUUACAAAAAGGUAGAAUUUCAAUUAAAAAUGAAAAAUUAUUUAAUAAUUAUAUUAAUAAUAAUAAAAAUAAUAGUAAUAGUAAUAAUUUAAGAUUUGAAAUUUUAAAAUCAGUUUUUACAAUGACUAAACAUCAAGAAUUAUUUAAUGAUUUUGUUGCAACUUGUAAUGAUGAUGAUAAUUAUAAAGUUGAAGAUUGUUUAAGUUUAGUAACAAACUUUUUAAAAGAUAUAUUCAAUUGUCCACAACCAGAAAUGAAAAAACCAGAAAUUAUUCAAAAUCCAAUGUAUGAUGAACAAUUAAAAACUCUAUCAAAUUUAUUAAGAAAUGAAGAGAUAUUAGAAAUGGUGAAUGAAUCAUUCUUAAAUUUGGAUAAUGAAAUUAUUUCAAAUAUUGUAACAAUAACUGUACCAACAAAUCUAUAUAAAAUUAGCCAAAAAGAAUUUAGCAAUUUAUUUAAAAGAAAUGUUUUUGGUUGGAAAUUUAUUCUCUCUAGAAUCUCUCAAAAUCAACAACAACCACAACAACAACAAUUUGAGUUAAAUCAUCAUUAUCUCACAAAAAGUUUAAUUAAAAAUCUCAUUGAAAAUGAUAAUGAUGAAUUAUUUCAUUUUUUAAGAAAUGAAUUAUCAAAUCAUUAUGAUUAUAAGCAUAUAUAUUGUGAUUGUGAUUGUGAUUGUGAUAUUAUUAUUAUUGUUUUUUUUUUUUUUUUUUUUUUUUUUUAUUUUUAA